AUGUCCACCAAACACACCACUUCCUCAACCCACCCGGACCUGGCCCGCGAGAUCCAAGCUCUCGAGCGCGAAGCCAGCAAACAGCAACCGUCGGACAUCCUCCAAUUCUGCUCCAACUUCUUCCACCGCCGCCUCGAGUCGCAGCGCCACGAGUUCCUGCUCGCGCAGCAUCAGCAUUCCAGCGCUGCGGGGCGCGGCAUGAUGGCCGAGAGCACCUUCCCGGGCAGCAAUCCCUUCGGUGCGACGUCAGGCUCAGGCAGUGGCAGUGGACCGAGUAGUGGCGGUGUGGGAUCUGGUGGGCCCGUAGGAAGUCUCAGUCCCGGCGCGCCUGCCGUUGGUGGAAGUGGUGGUGGUGGCGGGGCAGGUGCGAGGGGCAUACAUUCCGUUGCGGAAGAGGAGGAGCAUGAAUUUGCCAGUCCGACUGCCACUCAUUUCCCCCCCAACCCACUCUCCAGCCCUUCAUCUCACGACGACACUAGCGCUGCGAACAACACAUCCUCCACCAACGGCGGUUUCGGCAAUUUCGGCUUCGCUCCGUCCGCUGCUCCACGCAACAACAACAACAACCCUCCUCCCUCUGGCUCAGCCGGCGCCAUGGAAAUCAAUGCAGGAAGCCCCGGCAGCUUUCCAAGCAACUACAACAUGACACGCCGCACCUCUGUCAGCGCCGAGUCCCUCGCCCCGGCCUCCGCGGACGACAAUAACUGGAAAGCUCCCUCCUACCCGAAAACACAAGAUCAGAUCCACCGUCUCCGCCAGUCCGUAAGCCAUAACUUCCUCUUCUCCCACCUCGACGAUGAGCAGGCGAAUCAGGUACUUGGUGCGCUGCAAGAGUACAAAGUGCCAGCCAAGGACGUCCGAGUGAUCGUGCAAGGCGACGCGGGUGAUUACUUCUACGUGGUCGAGGACGGCAACUUCGACAUCUACGUCUCCAAGACCGGGCGCGUGGAAUCCGGCUCCGAUGGCCUAGGCUCACGCGUCGCGGCCUCGGGACCAGGAACAUCCUUCGGCGAACUAGCACUCAUGUACAACGCCCCUCGAGCCGCCACAGUCGUGAGCACGGAGCCCUCCAUCCUCUGGCGACUCGACCGUAUCACGUUCCGCCGCAUCCUGAUGGACUCUGCUUUCCAGCGUAGACGAAUGUACGAGUCGUUCCUCGAAGAAGUCCCGCUCCUCUCCUCCUUGACGCCCUACGAACGGUCCAAAAUCGCCGAUGCGCUUGAAACACGCAAAUAUCCAAGCGGUAGCACCAUCAUCCGUGAAGGCGAUGUGGGAGACAAGUUUUACAUUCUGGAGUCUGGCUCGGCCGAGGCGGUGAAGAUGGGUAGUGUGGGCACGAGCACGAAUGUGGUUAAACAGUAUGAGAAGGGUGAUUACUUUGGUGAGCUAGCUCUGCUGGAUGAUCGACCUAGGGCGGCUAGUGUGGUUAGUACGACGGAGGUCAAGGUCGCUACGCUUGGUAAAGAUGGUUUUCAAAGGUUGCUUGGGCCUGUGGAGGGGUUGAUGAGGAGGGAUGAUCCGAGACGGGGUGGUGAGGAGAGUGUUGGGCCGAGAGGUUAG